AUGAAGAAAACCAUCCAUCUGGGUCUCAUUGGUGGGCAAUUCGAUCAUCAAUAUACCUUUGACCUUCAAGGCUAUUUGACGGUGCAUGAUUUCCAUUCUACAUUAUGUCUAUUCAAUGAAGCUGCAAAGAGACAUCCACCACCUGGUCACAAGGGGUUGUGGUGUACCACCCUAUUUGCAUUCUGGGCAUUGAUAACCGCCAUCACAUACACCAUUUGGAUGUACAUUUUCAAAAAGACCAAUGCCUUCAUUCUAUUGAUGGUGCCGAGUACAAUGCUUCUCACGACGCUGUUGUGGGUAUGGCGAUAUCGACGUAUGCAGCGAAGGUUCCAAAGCCGGCUCAUUGAAUUGUGCACUCGUAUCAAUGCAACCGAAAACAUUCGAGGUAUCAAUUAUCGCUUGAUGAAACGUGGUGUUGACAUGGUGACACAAGCCGAUCAAGCAAGGGCUGUGUGGCAUGCUUCCUAUGCAUUGUUGAUUGAAUUGGAUGAUCGUUAUCUUGCCCUUGGAUCGAGUCCAUCUCAACGUCUAGACAUGACUACUAUUCCAAUCCCAUACCGACCACCAUCACCACUCCCACCGGUUGCCUACUCGUUGAAACAUGAUGAUGAUGAUCCGUAUAAUAAUGAUAGCAGCUUUUUUUAUGACAAGGAGAAACAAUAA